AAGACUGUGGUACGUAUUUCCCAGAAGUGAAAAAUCAUCCAGACAAAUAUUUACAAAGAUGUCCCGAGUCUGUAAAAAAGUGGCUGAAACAACUGAAGAGCGCUAGGAAGAUUCUGCUAUUAAUUACUAGUUCUCACAGUGACUAUUGCAGACUCCUGUGUGAACAUAUUCUUGGAAACAAUUUUGAAGAGUAUUUUGACAUUGUGAUCACAAAUGCUUUGAAACCUGGUUUCUUCUCCCAUACCCCAAACCAAAGACCUUUCCGAACUCUUGAGAAUGACGAGGAGCAAGAGGCUCUGCUAUCACUGGACAAGCCCGGCUGGUAUUCCCAAGGUAAUGCUAUCCAGCUUUAUGAACUACUGAAGAAGAUGACUGGCAAGUUGGAUCCCAAGGUUGUUUAUUUUGGUGACAGCAUGCACUCAGAUAUUUUCCCAGCUCAUCACUAUAGCAACUGGGAAACUGUCUUCAUCUUAGAGGAGCUUCUAGGGGACAAAGUUGCAGUGCCUGCGGAGAGUGAAUCUGAGCCCUUGGAGAAGAAAGGAAAAUACGAGGGAGAUCAGCUCAAAGCUCCUUAUUUUGUAUCUAAACAGUGGGGCUCUUUCUUCAUGGACAGAUUGCCAGGCCUGGAAAAUGCAGAGGAAACCUUAGUUCGCACAUGGUCCUGUAAAUGUGUUAGCACUUACAGCACUAUUGCAAUCCCUAGUCUUGAAGCAAUAGCAGAUUUACCGCUGGAUUAUAGAUUUACACGAUUUUCCUCAAAUAGGUCAGCCACUGCCGGGUACUACCCAAGCCCUCCAAGAGUGAUGCUGCCAAAUGAGGAGUCAGUGACUAUGAAAUAG